AUGGCGGAACUCUGCGGUGUGAAGAAGGGAUUAGAGAUAACCUGGACAAUGGGUUUUCAAAAAAUUGUGGUAGAGAUAGAUGCUGGAGCAGUGAUAAAGCUCCUCAACAAGGGAGAAAGUUUGGCCUCCCACCCUAAUGCUGUGGUCAGAGAGAUAUAUGAAUUAAAAAGAAGAAAUUGGAAUAUUCAUUUUGUUCAAAUAUAUAGAGAAGGAGGGAAUACCGAAUCGCCAACCACAAAGCAAAGAAGCAGCUCGACUCAGGCAGAGCUGAUGACGGUCCUAAAGAGUGAAGCACCCCGAAAAUUGCGAGCAGCAGAACAACGAAAGCUUGCACAGCGGUACCCAGUCAAUAUCAUGAGAGAGUGA